GUAAUUCCCAAGGACGUCAACGUCAUAUUCCAAAAGUCAAACUCGUCCCAUAAUAAUUGUUAUUAAACUUGCUACGACUUAAAACAAGAACACGGCACACCAGAACAAAAGAAAUAACAUGGCAUUCAGACCCCUCACAGACGCCGAAUGCGGCCAGACAAAUCCACUGCAACGACUAACAUCGCACAUAACCCACGACCACACAUUUUCAGAAAACCAUGGACAAGUGUUCCCCAGCAGUUCCGACCAACUGGUCGAGCAGUUUUUGCAGGAGACGAGGGCAAUACCGCAGACGUUUCGCAUGGACGAUUUGAUGAGGGAGAUGCAUGAGAUCGAGUCACAGAGAUCAGUACUGCCUCCCAUUCCCGCCUCCACCGUCAAAGAUCAUCUGCAUGAUGAUGCCUGGGCACAACAAUAUAUUGAGGAUGGCAAAGUUUUUCAUGAAAACAAUCAUGAUGCCAUUUGGUCAGAGAUAAUGUCACAGGAGCAAAACAAUUUCAACGCCCUAGAAAACGUGUGGGGUGGCCCUUUAAGCAGCGAAAUCCACGCUGGCCCCAGUGAGGUACAACAGAGCGCCAGAGAACUUAGAGAAUCAAUAGAUGACCCCAAAUUCGUCUACUCCAAGUUUAUGAGGUUUAUGAAGACGGUGGAGGACGGUGAGGCACGUCUGGAGGACGGCAAAUUGACGGAAGAGGAGGCGGAAGCCUGGAGCAACGAGUAUUUGAACGCGGAGCAAGAGAAUCCAGAGGAGCUGGCGCAAACUUGGGCACAAGAGCAUGUCAAGGAAAACGAUGACAGUUUUAAUGAGCAGUUCUGGAACAAACUCCAGGAAGACAUGAAAAAAGUGGUGGAAGGAACGAGCUACGAGAAUCCGUGGGCUAACGAAUUUGAAACUUAUUAUAACACACCACAAAAAGAGUACACGUUCAGCGAAAACAAUCCUAUGUUCGACGUAAAUAAUCCUCUGGAACGUGGCAAAAUUCUACUGGAAGAAGGCGACUUCCCCUCCGCCGUUUUGUGCUUCGAGGCUGCCGUAAAAAAAGAAUCGGACAACUCGGAGGCUUGGUUCUUACUGGGUAAAACACAAGCCGAAAACGAACAAGAUCCUAACGCCAUUCCGGCGUUGAUCAGGUGUUUGGAAUUGGACCCAGAAAAUCUGAACGCAAUGAUGGCACUGGCUGUCAGUUACACGAACGAGAGUUACUACAAUCAGGCGUGCAACAUGCUGUUGAAGUGGUUGCAGAGCAAUCCCAAAUAUCGGGACCUGGUGCCUCCGAAUCUGAACUUAUCCGGGCAAGUUACAAGUUUUUUAGAUGCGGACCAGCACAAAGCAGUCCAAAACGUCUACAUAAGGGCGGCCCAGAGGAACCCCAGAGACGUGGACCACGAGGUGCAGUGCGGCUUGGCGGUGCUGUUCAACCUAUCAUCCGAAUACGACAAGGCGGCCGACUGCCUUAAGGCGGCCCUAUCGGUGAAGCCGGACGACGCCAGACUGUGGAACAGAUUGGGGGCGACGUUGGCGAACGGAUCGAGGCCGGAGGAGGCGGUGGACGCGUACCACCACGCCUUGUCCAUAGCCCCAGGUUUCAUAAGGGCUAGGUACAACGUUGGCAUAACGUGUAUCAACUUGAAUUCCUACAAAGAGGCAGCUGAACACUUUUUGACCGCACUGAACCAACAGGCGAGGGGCCAAGACGUGUGCAACUCCGGAACGAUGUCGCAAAUGUCUGAGACGAUUUGGUCUUCGUUGAGGAUGUGUAUUUCUUUAUUGAACAGGGCUGACUUAAAAUCGCUGGUCGAUAAUCGGGAUUUGGGGGCGCUAAACAAAGAGUUAAACAUUUCGACUUAAUGUUCACCUUUUUACAGUUAAAUUUAAGGUAUUAUGUUAUAUUCACAUGUGAAAAAAAUAUAAGAGGGAUUGAACGUAAUGUAUAGUUUGUACAUAUGUCUUACAUAAGAGCAGCAAACGUUAUCACACACCAAAAAUUAUUUGGUACAUAUUAAGAAGUGUUUUUGUGUUUCAGAGACUUUAUUAUUAAUUUUCGUGGGUCUCUGAUUUCGAUUUACAUGUAUUUUAAUUAAGGUAGGGCUUUUAUAAUUUUUUUAUAUACAUAAACUGCCCCAUUAAGCAACUGUUCCAUGGAAAUUGGAACAUAUUAUUAUGUUAGUUACUUAAACAAGUUCAAUUUUACACAAUGAUUGAACUUAUUUUGUAACAAUUCCCUUUACAAAUUCAAGGCAUAUUUAAUUAAGUGCUCAAGUGUUUAUUAAAGAAUUAUUUAGUUUUAUGGUUGUCAAUGUUUCAUGAAUGAAACUUUCUAUGGAGGGAAAUUGUAUUAAUUUUGUUUGGCAUUUUUGUACCAGCCAGGCAAAAUUUUCCUUUAUCAUAUAAUGUUAUUUUUAUUUCAAAAUGAUAAACAUAACAUAUUUAUAAGAAUUAAGUCGAAGCAGAAGGUAAAUACUUGUUUUUGUGAAUCAUAAUAGAAUUUAAAGAUAUGGAUUGUCUUUAAUAUAUAAAUUAACAGUCACAAAACAAUAUUUAGGGUUAUUAGUACAUCAUCAAUAUCUUUAAUUGCCCCAUAUUUAGAACAUAUGAAAAAAAAGAUAUAAAAAUAAAGAAGAAACAUGAAAUAUGCGUAUAUUCAAUUGUAGCGUUCAUAAGUUGUUAUUUUUAUAUGCAGUUUUCAAACAAAAUAUAUAUGUUAUCUAUGUAA